UCCAGUGUAGCUAGGGCUGCGUAACAGCUAAAGUACGAUUUCCGAUCGGGAGGGGACCCUUAGUCCUCAAAAUGGCGGAGUUCAUCAGUAACUUUCGGACACUUCAGCCACACUCCAGUUACCAGAGAGGUCAUAUUAAAUGGUAUAGUACUUAAAUAAUAAUAAAGUUACUCAACUGAGAAAUGGCUGCGUGCUUAGAGAACGUUCAAAUUGCAAGUUGCCUAUGGUUUGAGGGUGGUGACAAGAGGAAUGCCUUAGCUUCCAUGGUUGCUGGCACUUUGUUCUUUUUAGGAUGGUGGUUCAUGAUUGAUGCCCAUACAAAAUAUCCUGAUGAUACUUCCAAUGGCUAUCUCAUUUGUGGCAUUUGCGGUACAUUAUCCUUACUGAUGGUCAAUUCAGUAACAAACUCACAAAUAAGAGGUGAUGCGUAUGAUGGUGGGUGUCUAGGAGCCAGAGGAGCCAGAGGAUGGCUCUUUAUUGGUUUUGUAAUGGGAUUUGCUGCUGUUAUUGGUUCCUGUUGGAUUAUGUUUGCUGAUUAUAUUUACAAUAAUGAUGCUAGACACCUUUGGCCUGGGUAUGCUCUGUUCUUGCAAAAUUUGUUCAUCAUUAUUGGGUCAGUAACAUAUAAAUUUGGCCGCUCAGAGGACAACUGGAGUUGAACAGAAUUAAUUUUAUUUGAUUACUUAUUCUACAGCAUCAUAAAAGAAAUGCUUUAAAGUGUUUUUGUAUAAAAAUUUAAAUCACCUCUUACUUAUAUGUAUGUACACAGAUAUGUUUGGAAAACUUAGUUUUGUAAGUUCUUUUGACAAACUCAACGGUUCAUGACACUUACCCUGGAUUGUUAAUAAUAAUUUAUUCAACAUAUGUCAUACGCAAUGCUUUGGCUAAAUUGUUUAUGAUUAUUUUAUUUUGAAUCAAAAUACUCAAUGUUCAGCAAUGGUAGAUACACCACUAUAAAUAAAAUUAGAUAGAAAAAAUAAAAUUUAAGUUCUAAAAUUCGUCAAGUUAAUACAAUCAUUAAUUUCCAUUUGUAAUCUUAACAAUAAUUUGAGUAUUCAAAACAA